GUUCGAAUUCAUCCACUCAUUCAUUUGACUGGAGUUUUACAGUUUAAAUCGAAUUCAUCCACUCAUUCAUUUGACCGGAAUUUUACAGUUUAAAUCGAAUUCAUCCACUCAUUCAUUUGACCGGAAUUUUAUACAGCCGCUUUUGAAUGUGUUUUGAUAAUUUAGGUCUCUUUUCUCAUAAUCAUCUAUAAAUAAUUACAGAGACCUAGUUCGAAUAAAAAUCGUGUCCUAAGCAGCCCUAUCUGAGAGAAAUAAUGGCGAAUGAGGGUGAGAAGACUGUAAAAAGAGUAUGUGUUACUGGAGCAGCGGGUUACAUUGCAUCAUGGCUGGUGAAGGAUCUUCUGGAAAGGGGUUACACAGUGAACGCCACUCUCAGAGAUCCAGGAGACGAGAGAAAAUCUCGGCCUUUGUUAGAUCUGGCAGGAGCAGAGGACAGGCUUAAGCUCUUCCAAGCUGAUCUACUGAAAGAGGGCAGCUUUGAUUCUGCAGUGGAGGGUUGUGAAGGAGUUUUUCAUGUAGCCGGUCUUACGGAUUCUCAAGCCUCACUGGAAGAUUACAUUGUGCCUGCUAUAAAUGGAGUACUUAAUGUGAUGAAAGCAUGCACAAGAGCUAAAUCUGUUAAGAGAGUGGUUUUCACUUCAUCUAUCUUUACUGCAUGUCCAUUGAAUGACAAAGGAGAAUUGACUCGUUCAUGCAUUGACGAAACAUGUUGGAGCCCUAUAAAUUUCCUUAAAUCUCAACCAAAUGCUUUGGCUUGGUAUAUGACUGCCAGGACAUUAGCAGGACAAGAGGCCUUCAAAUAUGGUGUUGAAAACAAUCUUGAGGUGAUAACAAUAGAACCGGCUGCUGUCAUUGGGCCUUGGAUUACAACUACACAUGAUAUAACAUCUGUCCAAAUUAUAUCAGCUCUAAUUGGAGUAAAUGAUAUAUAUUAUGAAAUAUUGAAGUAUAUGCAAUUUGUAUUGGGUUCCAUACCAAUAGUUCAUAUAGAGGAUAUAUCCAAUGCCCACAUAUUUUUGAUGGAGCAUCCAAGUGCACAAGGUCGUUAUAUUUGUUCUGUUGAUUCUGCAAAUAUCAAGACUCUCAAAGAUUUUCUUGCUAAACAAUUAAAGACUUCAUUCAAGUUGCAAGAGGAGGACUCUAUUAAUAGAUAUGUGCCAUUUUCUUCCAAAAAAUUGUUGGAUAUGGGCUUCUCUUACAAGUAUAGUUUGGAACAAACCUUUGAACAAGGUAUAGAUUGUGCCAAAAAGAAUAAGAUUUUGAAUUGAUAAUUCAAAACUACAUCUUUAUUCAAAUUAGAUUGACUUUAACUAACAUUUGUCAAAAAUGUAAUAGGACAAAUGAUAUUUUGACAUAAACUAUAGAUUUAAAGUGAGUGUACACCUUCAAAUUG